GAAACUAAACAAAAACGGAAGAAGUUAGAACAGAAUACAUACACACUUUAUCAUCCAAAUAAGAGCACAUUAUUCACUUCCUUCCUAGUGUAUUUUUGGGAAGUGAUUCCGGCAUUUGAUUAAAGAUUGUUUGAUAUGGCAAUACAAGUUUGUGGUUUCUGGAUGUACGGCCAAAAUUGUUCUCAGAAAUGUGGAAACUGCAAAGUCAACAUCACAUGUGACUCCACGGGACUUUGUACAUCCGGGUGUCAGUUGGGAUGGAAGGGAUCUAAAUGUUUAGAAGCCGUGGAGUUGGAACCCUACCCCCUGUCCACACUUUUACUCUCUGGUUUUUUGGCUGUGACGUUGGUUCUGCUCCUGUUGGUUUCUGUAGAAUUACACAGACAAAUACAGAGCAAAAAUAAAACAAGACGAAGGAGUUAUGAGCUUCCUGGAAAACAAUUGAUCGAAAAGGAAAGCGACAAUCGAUAUAUACCUUUGGAGAACUAUCAACAAAUUCCGGAUCAACUCGAAAAUAUUACACAAUCGUUGGACGACUCGGACGAUGGCAGUCAUAGAGACUCAUCCCACUAUACGAUUCCAAACAUGACGUAUGCUGGUAAUAGCAACUAUGAAAAAGACUGGACAUCUCCGAAACAUUAGACGAAACUGCAAGUGCGGAAAAUGACAUGACUGAAAACCUUUCUAUACACAUGAAGAUACUUUGUCAUUUAAGUUUUGUGUAGAAAUAUCUAUCACUCCCGUCCAGUUUACAGACACAGUGAAACUUACAUGAAAGCCAAUAGCUUAAAAUGAGCCGCAAUAAAAAAGAAUACAGUUUGGAUGGAUUGAACAUUUAAGGCCGGUUGCGGGUUUAAAAUUUUGCGCCCUCUGCGCAUGAUAUUGCGCAUUACUGUCGAAAAACGCAAAUGCAAAAUAAUUGUUCAAAUUUACAGGUUAUCAUGUAUCGUUUUUAUCAAAAGAAUAUUGAUCAUAAAAUUGUUUUUAAUUAUUAUGAAAAGUAUCGUUAGAAUAAUGUUGAGAAGUAUUUUAGUCAUUUGGCCGCUUCUUCAAAAUCGACGUUAUCCACAUCGGAGUCAACGCCUUACGAUGACGUCAGUUGAGACUUUGAUGUAACAAUUGACAAAAAUAAACGUAGUCUCAUUCAACCAGACGCUCGGCUGUCUCCGUAAAACUCCGACGAAUCCUGGUCACGGCACCAAAAUGUCGCGAUUGUAUAGUGGUCUUUGAGUCAGAUAGAAAUGAAAACACGUCUGAACACUUUGACUGGUUUAUCUAGACUGAUUUGAACAUAAACAUAAUAUUAUUGUAACGUUACCAUGACGUCAUACUAUGAUGACGCCAUAAUAGCCGUCGGAGAUUUACGGAGACAGCCGAGCGUCUGGUUGAACGAGACUAAGAUAAACGUC